UGGACAGGUUUGUUUUGGACCUGGUGAAUUAGGGGGAGUUGGUGGCAGACACCUGACAUCUGCAGGAACAGCAAAGGAUGACUGGAGAGGAGUGUUUCUCCUCCAUAGAUUGAGCGGGGUCACCUUUGUUUCUGGUUUCUGGUGUGAAACUUGAUAAUCUGCCCUCAGUGGAGCAGGUACCUGUGCCGUGAAGAGGCAGACAUCCGAAGAGACAGGCUGAGUGCGGUUUGACCAUGCAGUCUCUUGCCGCUGAGAUCCAGAGUUUUUCCAGGACGAGGCUGCGGAAGCAGUGCACCCGUGUGACAUCCCUGAGCGGCCGCCGCAUCAUCGAGACCUGGAAGGGCUCAACGAUUACAGUGGUGGAAGACCAGGCCCCCUCAGAGAAGACGUUGGGAUACGUCCCUGAUACAUCCUGGGACCUGCAGGUCGGCAUCGUCAAGCCCUUCCUGCUGCUGGGUUCUCAGGAUGCUGCACAUGAUUUUGGCACUCUGAGAAAACAUAAGGUGUCUCACAUCCUGAAUGUAGCCUUCGGAGUGGAGAACGUGUUCCCUGACCUCUUCAUCUACAAAACUGUCAGCAUUUUGGAUCAUCCUGAUACAGAUCUGCUGCCAUACAUCAAGGACUGCUGUGACUUUAUCCAACAGGCUCACAAAGAGAAAGGGGUUGUGUUGAUCCACUGCAAUGCUGGUGUUUCCCGAGCUCCCGCUGUGGUCAUCGGCUACCUGAUGUCAUGUGAAGGCCAGUCCUUUGACGAAGCCCUCUCAUUGGUCAAAUCUGUUCGACCGGCAUCCGCCCCAAACCCCGGCUUUCUUGAUCAACUCCGAAACUACAAAUCACCAUCACUAAAUGGAUCUAAACACUGAAGAACAGAAAUAAUUCCAUCUGGGUAGUUUGUAAAGAUGUUUCUGACUGUUAUGGAAACAUUUUGAUUACAUUUUAUCUCAAAACUAGAGUUCAGUUUUCUUCUUUUCAUUUUUGUGAUUACUGUUUUCUCUUUUCUAGAUUCUGUUGUUGCAGAUUUUAGGACACAUUUAUCUCCUUUUGUCUUUCAUUAGAAGUUUUUCGUGCAGAAUUUAUUUCUUUUCUGUUUUUUGGCUUUUCUUUUUAAGGAAAACACUGCUUUUUCCCUCACAUAUUACUGUUUUAGGAGCUACCAGCGUUAUUUGAAUAUUUAAGGAUUAAACAAGUUCACAAGAAGAAACGUUUGGGGUUACGUUUAUUUUUUAAAGUGUUUUAUUGUUGAAAAUCUAAUGUAAGUAGGAAUAUUUGAAAGUAGUUGGACAAGACAUUCUUAAAUCACACACAGGCACAUACAAAUGAAAAGUCAUUUAAUUCAGUUUAAAAGAAAAGAAAAUGCUUUAUGAAAUAAAAGCUUUCCAUGCUGUCUGGAGGGGAGCAUUUGUUGCCCAGAAUCUUUUACAUACAUUUUAGUAGUCAUCAUUUAUAAAGUCUGCAGCAUUGGCUGUAUACGAUGUCACCCAUAGAAAAUGGCUUUCUUCUGAUUCCAAUGAAGUGUAUUCAAUUCAGUCUAUUUAUAUAUUUUUGCAAUAUGGGCAUAGCCAUACAAAAGGUAUUAGAGUCAGAAUAAUUAUUCAGACCAAUAGAAUGACUGAAUAAUAGCUGUUUAUUUCUCUAUAGAGGUCCACAGGAUUUUGGCUUCUUGAAACCACCAAUUGCUUUCUGUUUUGAAUAAACGUGAGGGGGAGGGGUCACUCAGUCCAGUUCUCAUAUGCAAUCAAUGGUCACAGUUAUAUCAGUGAAAUCCAUUCAGAUCAUUUAACCUGUUAGACCUGCUUUGGACAAAGAGCACACUAUUGUCCAAAGCAAUAAAAAAAAAAAAAAAAAAAAAAAAAAACAAUUGUCAACUUAUUUUGCUUUAGCUGAUCACAUUACUGGGGAAAUCUGACAAACCCCAUCUUUAGCUUUAAUUGUGUUU